CGUUGCGUCGCCUUUAAGUGGUGUUGGGUGUAGGCUGUGAAACUCAAAGCGAAGCCACAGAGUCAAACUGUAAGUAAACAGAAAGCGCGUUUGAAGAAAAUUAACUUUUAACGGGGCAUUGGGACACACUGGUCACAGUCAAAACAGAUCGGCGGGGCUGGAGGGGCUGGAUGCUGUCGUCAUGGUGAAGGAUGUUCCGGAAAGUCAAGAAGCGCCACAGCAGCAGCAGCUCGCAAAGCAGUGAGAUCAGCACCAAAAGCAAGUCUGUGGACUCCAGUUUGGGAGGGCUCUCCAGAUCGAGCACCGUCGCCAGCCUCGAUACAGAUUCCACCAAGAGUUCAGGUAACAGCGCAUCAGACACAUGCGUCGAGUUCCGGGUGAAGUAUGUGGGAGCCAUUGAGAAGUUGCAGUUUGACAUGAGCAAGACCCUUCAGGAGCCUCUGGACCUCAUCAACUAUAUUGAUGCUGCUCAGCAAGACGGAAAGCUGCCUUUUGUGCCCGGAGACGAGGACAUGAUUCUGGGAGUGUCCAAGUAUGGAGUCAAAGUGGCCUCGCUGGACCAGUGUGACGUGCUGCAUCGUCACCCUCUGUACCUGAUAGUGCGCAUGCUGUGUUAUGAUGACGGCCUCGGGGCAGGGAAGAACCUCCUGGCUCUCAAAACCACUGAUCCAAAACAAGAAGAGUGCAGCAUUUGGGUGUACCAGUGCAGCAGCUCGGAGCAGGCUCAGUCCAUCUGCAAAGUGCUGUCGGCUUCUUUUGACUGCGCUCUGACAUCAGACAAGUCCUGAGGCCGGCGUGAGAUGGACGGGACCUGAGAUCUGUCCAGGAGAGAAGCAAAACAACUGCAAAACCCAGUAACAGAUGAUUAGAAAACCACCACAGCUGCAUUGUGCGUGCCAAAAAAACUGUAACCAUUUCCCUGCUUUCCCAGCUUUUCUCUGCUAUCUCUCACAGAGGUUAACUGCAGGGAAAAUCCGCUCUGCUCUUCUGUGUUGCUUGGCAGGAAAACAUGAUUCAAGCCUUUGUGUUGAUGCAAAGUCUCAUCUUAACCCAGUACGUGUUCGGUACGGUCACCUCCCUGCCAUUCUCCAUUUAAGACAGAAACACUGUGAAUUUGUCUGAAUCAUUUCCCCUGGAAUUAUUUUCUAUACCUCACUUGUUUCUGACCUUUCAAAAUAAAGUUAAGCGAAAAAAGUAAAGUUUAGAAAGGAGGGAAAUGGUUGCAGGAAAAAAAAAAACAGUGCACAGUUUUUAGCAGCAUAAUGUAAUUGAAUCCUAUUUAAUAUAAAUUAUGGUACAAAAUAGUGCAUCAUGCUGCAUCUCCAGCCAGCUGCGUCAGCAUAUGGGAGACAUUAAUCAGUGGAGAAACACAGACAACAUUUGACAACAUGCACACGGUUUGGUUCCACUGAAAAAUAUUUUUGUGUGUCUUUUUGUGUGUUUUCAGUAUUGGUACAACAGCAGUCACUGUUUGACUGGAAGGUACGUUACAAAGAGGCUUUAACUUUUCCCCACACAUCACGAUAUUCUGUCACUUGUAAGUGAGGAAUUGUACUUUUUUAAUGACUUUAUUUUAUUUUUCUUUUACGCUGCAGUUUUGAUACCAAAAGCUUGAUGUAUUUUCAGAUUUGUUUAGUCCUCGUUUUUGCGUAGUGAUUAAAAAUGCAUUUACUUCAUUAGCUUUGCUGACACCGGAGAAAUCUUGAUCAGUUGUGAGUAGCAAUAGAAAGACUUUGUUUACAUUUGUGGUACUAACUUGACUUCAGCUUGUAUAUAUCAGUAACUCAUGGCCCCUCCAUGUUGACCUUUGUCCAGUUAAGACCGGAUUGACAGUGUGACAAUGAGGUAACGAAAGAAUAUAAUCUGGUACAACAAAGGAGAGGAGGAGUUUAUUUGAUAAGUAUUUUACGGAUUAAAAUGUCUUUCCUCCUUUUUA